AAACCAACGUGAGAGGCUGGUUGGAUUUCCGUGCUAUCUGUGGGCGUGUUAGAAAUUCGAUUGCAAAUAGAAGAUUUAAAAAAAAGAUUAAAAAUGGCAAAGUUGGAGUUAUUUGAAAGGAAGACCUUAUCAGAAUCUGGUUAGUUUUCUGUGAAUCGGAAGCAUAACAAUGCCGUCAGCCGCCGUUGUCUCAGCUCCCUCCUACGUCUUCCCCUUUCGCUCUUCCACUUCUUCCAUUUCUCCAACUGCGAUAUCGCUCACUAAACGGACUUGGAAGCCCAGGAUUCAGACCAUAAGCUUCGGAAAAUGCGUGGUCAGAGCCACCGUCUCGAUAGAGAAAGAGACGCCGGAGGCGGAGCGUCCCGAAACGUUUCUCAGAGGAGUCGACGAGGCCCAAUCUUCUUCCUCCGUUCGGGCCCGCUUCGAGAAGAUGAUUAGGGAGGCCCAGGACAGUGUCUGCAGUGCCCUUGAGGCCGCUGAUGGUGGCGCCCAGUUCAAGGAGGAUGUUUGGUCCAGGCCCGGUGGCGGCGGUGGCAUUAGCAGGGUUCUUCAAGACGGCGCCGUUUGGGAGAAGGCUGGUGUUAAUGUCUCUGUCGUUUAUGGCGUUAUGCCACCUGAUGCUUAUCGUGCUGCCAAGGGUGCUCCUACCGAUCAAAAACCUGGUCCUGUACCGUUCUUCGCUGCAGGAAUCAGCUCCGUUUUACACCCAAAGAACCCGUUUGCUCCUACGCUACAUUUCAAUUAUCGCUAUUUUGAAACCGAUGCUCCUAAAGAUGCUCCUGGUGCACCUAGACAAUGGUGGUUUGGUGGGGGGACUGACCUGACACCAGCUUAUAUUUUUGAGGAGGAUGUUAAGCACUUCCACUCAGUUCAAAAACGUGCCUGUGACAAGUUUGAGCCUACAUUUUACCCUCGAUUCAAGAAAUGGUGUGAUGAUUACUUUUAUAUCAAGCAUCGAGGUGAAAGAAGAGGGCUUGGAGGGAUAUUUUUUGAUGAUCUGAACGACUAUGAUCAGGAGAUGCUACUUUCCUUUGCUACUGAAUGUGCAAAUUCUGUUAUUCCUGCUUAUUUACCUAUCAUAGAGAAAAGGAAGGAUUUGCCCUUCACAGAGCAUCAGAAAGCAUGGCAACAAUUGCGAAGGGGCCGAUAUGUUGAAUUCAAUUUGGUAUACGAUAGGGGUACAACAUUUGGACUGAAAACUGGGGGCAGGAUAGAGAGUAUUCUUGUUUCUCUCCCACUGACUGCUCGGUGGGAAUAUGAUCAUAAACCAGAAGAAGGAAGUGAAGAAUGGAAACUCUUGGAUGCGUGCAUCAACCCCAAGGAAUGGAUCUAAUUCCUCAGUGGAUUGUAAAUCGCGUGUUUCGCUUGAGUCAUCCGUGUAAAGCGUGAAAUGCAGGCAAGCAAUUGUAAUCUCUAGGCCGCAUCCUCAUACCAGAUAACUUCAAUGCUACUGUAAUACACCUCAGACUAGUAAUUCAGUAUGUUACGUUUCAAGGGUAUUAUAAUGUUUUUGGCUGAAA